GGUGGCCUGGUCUACUGAGCUCCGUUUGGACUGCUCCUCCUCCAGCUACUACUGCGGCCGCUGCCGCUGCUGCUGCGGCUGCAUCCGCCUGCAACCUGCAACACUCACACCACGGCAACAGAAGUAGACGCGUCGCGUUCAGUCCCCGUCCUACGGCCUAACGUCAUGUCGCGUAGUGUUCGGCCGAGUAAAGCAAGCAGACUGCAAGGUGACUGAACCGAUCCUUAACCCAUCACCUUCCUCUCCCACUCGAGUGCCGUGGAUGUGUGUCAAUUAAAAAGUCUCGUCUCAGUGAGUCGCGUGUUUAAUUUGCGGCACGUUCCCCACACACACUCACUAUCAAUUUAAUUAAAACGCCACAGACAGACCCAUAACUACCGCAAAACCAGCCAGCAAACCCACCUAACUGGGCCAAAAACUAAACACAAUACUGCGACCAAGACCCAGCUAAACCGGCCAGAUCAGAAAGAGAUGAAGGCAUUGAUAAGGAAAGAGAUAGUGAGCGGCCAAAACCUAGCCCCGAAAAUCAAUAAACUGAGUCCUUUAACCAAUGCGGUCAAGUGAAUCUGAGUACUUCAAAUUUUGCAUAACGGGAAACCACAUAUUAAUGUCCAACCUCUGGCGGCCGAAAAAUCCCAGGACAUGGCCAACAACUUUAUGAUGGUAACACAAAUGUACCUGCACGCAUGUCCGAAAAAAAGUAACUGGAAAAACUUCACCUACAACGGCCAACAUCAGAGAGAGGAAAUGCUAACUUUGCCACCCACUUGAUGUUAAAUCUGCGUAGAUUUAUCAACUUUGCUAAUUAACAGCGUUUCCUCUUCGCCGCUCGUAGUUUUUUAUCCAGAGGGCCAACCAGAAACUAGUCCAAAAUCUGUUUACACUCCCAACAUGAGCCACUGUUGGCCCACCAGGAACUUGUUAACGGUUUCACUUAUUUCAUCGAGGUCUCAAACACUAAAUGGCUCACAAUUCAACACUGCAGCGCAAAGCGCAGAAUUCUGGGAUGACACCAACGUUUCCACAGCUGGGAAACGGCUGUGGACUUGCCAAGGAGAAAGUUCCCAAAAUGAGUACCAAACGGUUCACCAGACCAUCCAAGACCCAGACAGCAGAGCCAGCACCCAAGGACUCCAUUCACGAUAAUGCGAGAAUAUGCAACUACUUUGAUCUAACCCGGGCUUCCAAAAAUCCGAUCAGAGCUGCUGGAGGAGGAAAUACUCAAGUGGCCCCAAAGUACCAGGUCGCGGUUAGUGUGAGCAACGCACCUGUUCGAUCAACAGUCCCCAGAGCCACUGCUCCAAAUCUGGCUUCAAAGGAGGUCAGGGAUUGUAAGGAAACCAGGGAACUCAUCUUCAAGGAUCUCAAAGAGGCGCGAGCUGCCAUGGAACCAAAGGACUUCAGGCAUGUUAAAGAGCCCAAAGACCAGAAGGAACCCAAGGAGCCUAAGGAACGCAAGGCGCCUAAGGAACCCAAGGAAUCCAAAGAUCUGAAGGGAAAUGUAGCCCGCCAGAACCCCAAUCGCACCAAGAACUACUUCGACAAGUACCUGCAGUUCGCCUUUGAUCUGAGCACUCCCGAUGGUGUCCAGAAACUGGAGGACCACUUUUUUCCGAACCAGAACCGCACUGCCUCUGGCAGCUCAAACUCCAACAGGGAAAAGUAAAUAUUUUCGGAUUUUCCGAAUGCAAAAAUUAUUGUGAUAUUAUACGAUUCCUGGCCAAAUUUGAAGUACUUUUAUUAGUUAACAUUAAAUUUCAGCGGUUGAUUCAUUUGAAAUUCUCGUGAUAACCG